UGCUUGUCGUGUGACCUAUAUAUAUCAUCUUCUCCCUUUUGAGUUAGGGUUUACUUGCAACUGCAGAACGUUCAAUCCCCCACCCUAGUUUCUUGCAAAUCCUUCAACGGUGAUUAAUCGGUGGAUCAAGUAUGGACAAGAGCAUGUUAGCAGAUAUGGAAUCGCUUGCUGAGGAAGAUAAACAAAGAAUGACUACCAUGAUCGAUCAACUCCAAAUCCGUGACAGUUUGAGAAUGUAUAAUUCCCUGGUGGAGAGAUGCUUUAAUGAUUGUGUGGACACAUUUAAGCAUAAAUCCCUGCAAAAGCAAGAGGAAACCUGUGUUCGAAGAUGUGCAGAGAAAUUUCUGAAACAUUCAAUGCGUGUUGGCAUGAGGUUUGCGGAGCUCAACCAAGGAGCUGCAACUCAAGAUUGAUGAUGUCUGUUUAACAUGAAAACUGUUGAUUUUUUUCUUUUCUUUUUUUGUUUUAGAUUAUGUUCGUUUAAUUAUAUUUUUGCUCUUGAAGAUCGAGACAGUGUAGAGACGUGGAUUUCUUGGUUGUUUUGUGUACUACACUAUACUUUAUGCUAAAUAAAUUCGUAAAGAUACAAUCACUGCGCUUUAGAAU